GAGAACCAACUGUUGGCGAUGAGCGCCCAUUUGAUCAAGAUACAGGGGUCAUCUACACAGCAUAUAACGGAAGCGCCCGGCCGUCUAGUACUGCCGGCGUCAAGUAUAUCGCGCGCCGUACAACUGGACUCGGGCGCUGCGGACGCUAUCCCCCAUGUCGACAAGAUGUUCGCAUCCACGCAGAACCGGCGCACCCACAAGACGUCAGGCUCGCAAGAGUCCCACAUGAACACUGAGUGGCAACACAUGUUUGGACACUCACACGAACAAUCCAGAGUGUCAGAGAGCGUGUCCCAGUCGGUGGGCGUGUCUACAGUGGGCGUGGCCUCGCAGGCCGCGCCCCCGCACCACUCCCAGCUCGCGCACAGCGCCAGCUAUGUACAAUAUAGCAUGGCACCGUGCCGAGUCGAGUUGAGAGAUCUAACAGCUCGUAUGCAGCAAAAAUAUCAGAAGUCUUUAAGAAGCCCCGAAGACCCGGUGGAGUGCAAUGACGAGGCUGUGCCGCCGGCGGGAUGGCGGCCUGGGAACCAAUUACUGGCGUACCUACAUGAGCACAAAGCCCGCGUGAACCAGUUAGUGUGUAUCCCGGCGCAGCGCUCAGUGUUUGCGUCGUGCUCCGACGACGGCACCGUCCGACUGUGGGACGCCGCCAGACUACAUACCCACGCACAUAUCAACAGAUCGAAGUCUAUGUACAAUAGAAACGCAGGUCCCGUGGUCUCCCUGGCCGCGUGUGAAGCGGGACAAUCCUUAGUUGCAGCCACGCAAGAAUCUGUCUUCGUACUGCGAGUGGACGGCACGUCGUCCCGCAUGAACCUGUCGCAGGGCCGGCAGCUGGAGGGCGACGGGGACGACGCGCUCUGCGUCGCGGCGCCCGGACACGGGAGCGUCAUCGCAUACGCCACGCUCUUUGCCAACAUCGUCGGCUGGGAUCUACGUGCUCCUGGUAACGCGUGGAAGUUGCAAGGCGACCUAAAGCAGGGAGUCACAACUUGCUUGUACGCGGAUCCUACCGGGUACCUCGCAGUGGGCACAUCCAGUGGCGCCAUCUGUGUAUGGGAUCUGCGAUUCCAUUUGCCCAUCACUUCGGUCAGACAUCCUAACUCGGAGCGCGUCCGUCGUAUAGUGGGCGGGGGCCGCGCGGGCGCGGUGUGGGUGGCGGGGGACCGCGACGCGGCCGCCUGGAGCCUCGAGUCCACGCAGCGCACGCACGCACUCUGGACCUGCACCAACUCGCUGCAGCCGCUGCACUACACGCCCGUCGCAUCGCAGUACAUUAGUUCUAUAUACUGCGGCACUCGCGAGGGCAACCGCUUCGUGGUCACAGGAGGCUCCGACCAGAGACUCCGCUACUGGGACUUGGAGCAUCCUGAAGACUCUUAUAUCCUGCUACAUGCGCAUAAUGAUACGCUUAAAAACUCUCCUGGAGCGCUCAAAUACAGGAGUCGUAUAAUAGAUGGGACAACAGUGAUACAAGAAUGUUGUAAGCUCAACCCUUCAACGCCGGCUUCGAUGGCAGACGACAAUAUUUAUCGCAGUGUGGAAUCCCGUUCUUUCUACCAUACGGCACCGAUCACAGACCUUAGCGUUGUUGAGGGUAGCAAGCCGUAUCUAGUCAGUGCUUCGGCUGAUGGCGUCAUUAAUGUAUGGAAAUAGAUUUUGAAAGACCAAUUUUGGUGAGGAAAUACUGUAUUCUGAUUGUGUGUUUGUUUCUGCGAUUUGGAACUGAAACUCCUGGUUAGAUUUUGAUGGAAAAGUCAAUAAAUAGGUCGAUAGUUAGAGGCUAGUUGUUGCAAAAGUGACUGGUUCUUUUUUAUGUCUUUACGAUGAUCUAUAGUUUUGUUUAUUGGCAGUAAGUUUUAGUGGUUAUAACAGGGGUAUAU